UCUCUCUCUCUCCAGUCUCCCAAUACUGAUGGUUUACCACAGACUACAUUGUAGUUUACAUCAAAAACACAUUCAGUGUAUAUUUGUAACUGGUUGGGUGCCCGAUUCAACGGACGGGAAGACGCGCGGAAAGCUACGGGUAGAUGGCUAGAUGCUCACGAACAUCAACAGGGGGUCGUGUGUGCGCAACACAGUCUCACAAUCAAUUCGUGUGAGGCUGGGCUGGUGUGUGAGGUAGAGAGAGUGAGAGACAGACAGACAUCAAGAGACCUUUUGUAAUCAAUAAGAACAGAAGAAACAUUGAGAUUCUCCAACAAAGAUAUUGGCAAACUAUUUUUACAUUCUAAGAGCGCGACACGAUCAAGAACCCUUCGUGGGACUGCAAUUGAACAGUGAGAAGGCACAGAUUAUACAAAUUGAAACAAUAAUUACGCUUUGCGAGAAGAAGCUGAUCCUUGUCGUGGAUUGGAUUGGGGUCAAUCAACUUGUAGCUCAACGUCAAGAUAAUAGAAAGAGUUACCAUGGAAACUGUUCUAUUCUUCCUCUUUUCGCUCCUGGUGUAUGUGGCUGAUGGUGAAAAGGAGAAGAAAGAGGUGGACCCAUUUGUCUAUGACUAUCAUAGCCUGCGGAUCUGUGGACUGGUCUUUGGUGUGGUACUCUUCGCGCUGGGCAUCCUCCUCAUCCUCAGUAAGUCUUCAUACUUCAGCCGAAAAUGUCGCUGCUGUCCCAAUCAGGAGAAGAAGCUCAAGGCCCCUGGAGACGAAGAGGCGACGGCAGAGACCCUGAUCGUGUCCAAAGCUAAGGAGCCAGAGCCAGAGCCUGAAGCUAAGGCUGAGAACUGAGUCAGCCCAACCAGACUGCCUCCCCACCUGACUGACGUACAAUCAUAUCUGCCACUGAACCACCAGUGGUGGAAAAAGUACACAAUUGUCAUACUUGAGUAAAAGUAAAGAUACCUCAAUAGAAAAUGAC